AUGGUAACGCACACGCCAAUGGUGUUCGCGCCGGUGUCGCUUUCUCGCUCCCAAGCUGAAAAACUCGAAGCGAUGAUGAAGCAGCAGGUGCAGGACGCUAUUCAAGCACGCACCGCUCAGCUCGCCACGGAUAACACUCUAGACCCGAAAUGGCGCUUUGUGAACUCACUCGGCCAGCUUAAGACGUUUAAACUCCGAGGGACGGACUCCUUCUGCUCAACCUCUUCCUGGGCUACUACACUGAAUCGAAGCACCCGAGCGACCGCAUGCAACGUCAACGACCGUAUCAGUACUGGAUCGCACACUUGGACCAUGCGCAGUCGAAGUAGCGUUCGAAGCCGUCACAGACGGUUGUCGUUCUCCCGUCGUACCGUUGGCGCCACGGCAACUAUCGCGAUAUCGUGGAUGCACACUACGCUUCUAACUCUGAAGAUUUCGUUCGGCAACAAAAACUGUUGUCCCCUGUAG